UCUUGUAUAUCACGAGCCAAACUCCCUUUGCGCAUCAAGGUCUCUGGACGAGGAAGAGGAGGAAGAAGAAGAAUCUCCCUUAGUGGCUCACGGCCACGUUUUGAUUAGGCGAAGAAGAAGAAGAAGAACAUUCACAACCAACAGACGGCCGCGCAAGAAUGACCAGUCAAGACCUGCUCCUGAAUCUGGUCUUUCGCAGCGUACUAACCGCCGUUUCAACCGUCAUUGCUGCGGAACCAGUUGCGAAAGACAGCAUCACAGAUAUCGUACCACAAGAGUUCUCACAAGGCUCGAUCAAAGUGACUUACGGUAUAAUCAUCAUCACCAACCGAACCAUACUCAACGAGAAGCAAGUACAAACCGAGCCCAGCGUCGCAUUUAACUCCUUCAUCGAUGAGCGCUACAGUUUAAUCAUGCUGGACGUCGAAUCGCACUACACCCACUGGCUGAAAGUUAAUAUGAGAGGUGGCGAUGCCACUAAUGGGGAUGAUGUUCAAAAGUAUCACUCCCCUGCACCAGACGCGCAAAGGACGUACCUGCUCGUCGUAUUCCGGCAGAACAAGGAACUAGACGUCGACCUGGUAGCUGCAACACUGAAGAAGUCUUACAAACGGGUCAACAUAACGGCGUUCCCACGGAAGUACAGCCUCGGAAAUGCAUUAGGGAGCACGUACUUUACAGUGAUAAAGAGCACGACUACAGAAGUGACGCUUCCUACGUUAAUAACGCUUCCCAACGGCAAAGUGAAUCUAAGCCUGUUGCUCCCGAACCUCAUGUUGGACAACAUCGUCCCGACAUUUCUGCCAGAAACUCCGCAAGGCACCGUCGAAGUAGAGUAUCCUGGAGGUAGAGACGUAAGGAUGGGGACGUUGUUCGCAGCGUUGGACCUGGGGAAGGCACCCAUUGUACGGUUCACGUCAACGCCUGGGCAGUAUUACACUCUGAUAUUGUCCGAUAUUGAUGCAAAGUUUUGGAGGCACUGGUUGGUGAUCAAUAUUGCGAACGGGAACGUGACGGAAGGUGAUGUAAUCACCCCGUACGUGGGUCCUGUCACCGAUACGCGCCACCGAUACCUUUUCCUGCUUUAUCGGCAGAGAGAAGUCCUGAACGUCAUCCACGUAUCGGAUGCCAUAUCGAAAAUGGACAUCUGGACAGACUUCAGAACGUUAUCUUCGAUGUUUAACCUUGGGGCGCCUGUGGCGGUCAACUAUUUUGCGGCCUUGUGCAAGCAAGAUUUUAAGACCCGAAAGACUGAGAGCACCACCAGUGUCACGCGUGGUGAUGCUCCAGGAAAUACGUCGUCUAUUACUCAGCCGCUAAAAUCUGCAUCGUCAUCUCGUUUACCUAGCGUAUCACGUCAGCUACUGACGAGUAUCAUCUGCCUCGUCUUCGUACGUGAAGGUCCUCGACUGUGAGCGCGGCAACGCGACAAGAUGGACGAUUUCUUGGUGUAGAACAUAACAUGUUCGAAUCUCAUAUCGCACGUCCAA